UCUCUGCUUGAUUCUAAUCUCUCUACCCCUUAUCAGUUGGAUUACACAACUAAUCUUUAGUCGACCACAAUGUGAAAAAUGGCACAGCAUCAUCAGCCAAUGAACUGUAGUUGUCCCUCAGACAAAUUCAAAUAAUACAGUAACACACAUGAAAAUACAUGAAAUUCAAAUGCAGAAUGCAAUGUGAUGCAUUUCAAAUGAAACUAAACAAAAAUACCCAAGUAGGCCAUAAACUUUGUUCUAGUUUGGUAAAUUUCAGUUCUUGAAUUUGAAGACAUUGGCAAACUUGAGCAGAGACUAGCACCUAGCACACACAGUUAUAUGCAUCACCCAGCUGUGUCUCUGGUCCACAGUCCAGAAAAACGUCACCAUUCGGGAGCCCAUCAGGGAGUUUGGCGUCAUUAAGUGCUAUAGCAUGAACCAAUCAACAGAUGGAGCAAACUGCAAGGCCCUGUAUGGCAGUCCCCUUCAAAUCCAGGUUGAAGUAGAAGCUGUCUACCGUGGUGAGAUGUUGGUGGCCAAUUCAUCAGCAGUCGGAGGAAUCGUCCCACACAACAUCACAGUGGGACCAGAGGUGGAGCAACAGCUGGGCUCUGGCUGCCACCAGCUGACCCUGCAUGCCUCUAACGGGGUCUCGGUCUUGGGCGUGUCCACUGAGCUGCAGGUGUCUGGAGCCAACGGCAGCAUCUCAGAGACCAAAGACAUUUGAAAACAGAAGCAUGCAGACAGAAAAGCAUAUGAGAGUUCGCCGGGCCUACACCUUGAGAAUUACUGCCAGUCCAGAAACUGCCAGUCAAGACACUGAAAGCGUCAAACUUGAGAUGCUGAGUUUGAAGAAUAACCCAUUUUCAUGGAGCGAGGAGAACAAUAUUACCGGCACUGUGGGGUCUGUCUCCCUGACGAGAGGAGAUGGUUCUGUCAUCCCCAUAGAGAACCUAUCUGAGGAGAUUGAGAUCUUCUUGCCAAGGCCUGAAGGAGGGCAAGCAAAAAGCACAAUACUGUACUUGGGAAACUACAGCACACUGAUGAUCGACGCCCCUUCACCUGAUGUAACACUGGUGCUGAAGAUAAAGCCAUCGAAGGACAUAGCCUUUCAACUGUUCCUGGGGUAUAAAGACUACCCAAACGAUAAACAAUACAUAGCCGAGACUCAGAUGCCUCACCAGAGCAACACGCAAGAGGAGAAAUACACCUGGGUCCUGGGUCCCAAUGAUUUGACAGGAAAAGUUGGGGUGCAUUACCUUCUGGUGAGGCCCAUUGUAGAAGCAGGGGUUAAAUCAGUCAAUGCCACUGUGACUGUCACCUCCAUUGCUGCCCAGUGCAAGUAUUGGAAUGAAACCUUAUCCACCUGGAGUGAAGAUGGCUGUAGGGUUGGUCCUUUAACCACACUAUUGGCCACCCAGUGCUUAUGUACGCACUUGACCUUCUUCGGGAACUCUUUCUUCUUCAUGCCCAACCUCGUAGACGUGUCACGUACAGCUGAGCUCUUUGCCACCUUUGCCCAAAAUCCUGUGGUGGUGUGCUUUAUUGGUUCCAUCUUUGUUGCUUACGUAUUGGUGGUCAUAUGGGCACGCGGGAAGGACAUCCAGGACACAACCAAAGUCUGA